GAGUCCACGGUUUCAGGGGGAGCUGUUUCUGGGGGCACGGAUCUGCGCGCUGUGUUAUUUAGUAUGUUGUGCCGCUGCGGGGAGAAGAGCCGCUGCUUUGUUCGGUAAAGCGCGGAGAUCCGGGUCUGGGUUCCGCGCGGCGGGGUUACUGAGAGUCUCAGCGCGGGGAGGAGGAUUAAAGCGCGGGGUUCGGAUACUCCGGGCCUGGUCUGGAUCCGGAGGUUCGGCUAAUCUGCUGCUGCUGCUGCUGCUGCUGCUGGAGGAGGAGGAGGAGAUGGUGGUGGUGAUCUCUUUCCUGACUGUUACUUGAAAGCUCUUCAGGCGGUUGCCGGGGGUCCGUGCCCUUGUCUUUCCUCCACAUCGUCGCCUCUGCCCGCCGUGCCCUAUGGAGGACUAGCUGUCCGCCGCCUCGCUGAAAAGGGAAGGGACUUGAAGAGCAGAACGCCAGGAGGAGCAUCUGACGCAGAUCAGCGGGACGGAGAGGUGAGCGAGUCGGAGGUGAGAGGAUGUCGAACCCCCGGAGCCAGAACCCUCAUGGACUCAAACAGAUUGGGCUGGACCAGAUCUGGGAUGACCUGCGAGCGGGCAUUCAGCAGGUCUACACUCGCCAGAGCAUGGCCAAGUCACGCUACAUGGAGCUCUACACUCACGUGUAUAAUUACUGCACCAGUGUGCACCAGUCUAACCAGCCCCGCGGGCCGGGCGUCCCCCCGUCCAAGCCUUCCAAGAAGGCACCCACUCCAGGUGGAGCUCAGUUUGUGGGCCUGGAGCUCUACAAGAGACUGAAGGAGUUUCUGAAGAAUUACCUUACAAACUUACUAAAGGAUGGAGAAGACCUGAUGGAUGAAAGUGUUCUGAAGUUCUACACACAGCAGUGGGAAGACUACCGGUUCUCCAGCAAAGUCCUCAACGGUAUCUGUGCCUACCUCAACCGCCACUGGGUGCGGCGCGAAUGUGACGAGGGUCGCAAAGGCAUCUAUGAAAUUUACUCGCUCGCCCUGGUGACGUGGAGAGAAUGCCUGUUCCGGCCUCUGAAUAAACAGGUUACCAAUGCAGUGUUGAAGCUGAUCGAAAAGGAGCGCAAUGGAGAGACCAUCAACACCAGACUCAUCAGCGGAGUGGUUCAGUCUUAUGUGGAGCUGGGCCUGAAUGAAGACGAUGCCUUUGCUAAAGGACCCACUCUCUCCGUGUAUAAGGAGUAUUUUGAGACUCAGUUCCUUGCGGACACUGAGCGGUUCUACACGCGGGAGAGUACGGAGUUCCUACAGCAGAACCCAGUCACAGAGUACAUGAAAAAGGCUGAGGCUCGUCUGCUGGAGGAACAGAGGAGGGUGCAGGUCUACCUUCACGAGAGCACACAGGACGAGCUCGCGAGGAAGUGUGAGCAGGUUCUCAUCGAGAAGCACCUGGAGAUCUUCCACACUGAGUUCCAGAACCUUCUGGACGCUGAUAAAAAUGAAGAUCUUGGUCGCAUGUACAACUUGGUCUCAAGGAUCACAGACGGUUUGGGAGAGCUUAAGAAGCUUCUGGAGACGCAUAUCUACAACCAGGGCCUGGCUGCUAUUGAGAAAUGUGGGGAAGCUGCUCUAAAUGACCCCAAAAUGUAUGUCCAGACUAUUCUGGAUGUGCAUAAGAAGUACAAUGCUCUGGUGAUGUCUGCGUUCAACAACGAUGCUGGCUUUGUUGCAGCACUGGAUAAGGCUUGUGGCCGCUUCAUCAACAACAAUGCCGUCACCAAGAUGGUCCAGUCCUCCAGCAAGUCUCCUGAACUUCUGGCCCGAUACUGUGACUCCCUGCUGAAGAAAAGCUCCAAGAAUCCAGAGGAGGCAGAGCUUGAAGACACACUGAACCAAGUGAUGGUGGUCUUCAAGUACAUUGAGGAUAAAGACGUGUUCCAGAAGUUCUACGCGAAGAUGCUCGCCAAGCGAUUGGUGCACCAGAACAGCGCCAGUGAUGAUGCUGAGGCCAGCAUGAUCUCCAAACUGAAGCAAGCGUGCGGCUUCGAGUACACGUCCAAGCUCCAGCGCAUGUUCCAGGACAUCGGCGUCAGCAAAGAUCUGAACGAACAGUUUAAGAAGCACCUCACCAACUCUGAGCCUUUAGACUUGGACUUCAGUAUCCAGGUGCUGAGCUCUGGUUCCUGGCCUUUCCAGCAAUCGUGCACUUUCGCUUUGCCUUCUGAGUUGGAGAGAAGCUACCAAAGGUUCACAGCCUUCUACGCCAGCAGACACAGCGGCCGCAAGCUCACCUGGCUCUACCACCUGUCCAAAGGAGAGCUGGUGACCAACUGCUUUAAGAACAGAUAUACCCUGCAGGCUUCAACGUUUCAGAUGGCUAUCUUGCUCCAGUACAACACAGAAGAUGUGUACACUGUCCAGCAGCUGACUGACAGCACUCAGAUCAAAAUAGACAUUUUGGUGCAGGUUCUUCAGAUUUUGUUGAAGUCUAAAUUGUUGCAGGUCCUGGAAGAUGAGAAUGCGAAUGUGGACGAGGUGGACUUUAAACCAGACACACUCAUAAAGCUCUACCUGGGCUAUAAAAAUAAAAAGCUGCGAGUGAACAUCAACGUGCCAAUGAAGACCGAGCAGAAACAGGAGCAAGAAACCACUCACAAAAACAUUGAGGAAGACCGGAAACUCUUGAUACAGGCAGCCAUAGUGCGAAUCAUGAAGAUGAGGAAGAUGCUGAAGCACCAGCAGCUUCUGGCCGAGGUCCUCAACCAGCUCUCUUCCAGAUUCAAGCCCAGAGUUCCUGUCAUCAAGAAAUGCAUCGAUAUCCUCAUAGAGAAGGAGUACCUGGAGAGAGUGGACGGCGAGAAGGACACCUACAGCUACUUGGCUUAAACGUUCCCCUGUCAUUCUCCCCUCCACGUCUUCCCCGUCUCUCUCUCUCUCUCUUUCUCUCUCUCUCUCUCUCUCUCGCUCACUUUUUUUUUUUUUUUUAAGUUGUCUCUUACGUAAUAAGCAUCAUUCCUUCAGACGUCGGGAGUGUGUUGUCGGGAAUGUGUGAGCGCAGGAGGAAUUUUGCAAAAACGCAGAGGAAGAAAGACGUAAAGAAAGAAAGACUGAGGAGAAAGAGGAGGAGGAAGAGAACGAUGGAGCGAGGGACUGCGUGUGUAUGUUUGUGUGUAAAUCAAUCAUUCUCAUCCUCGUCGUCACUAUCGUAGCGGGCGUCUGCCGAGCUGGACUUCCCUUUAAAGCGCCGCCAGCGCGCCGUCGGAGCGGCUCGCUUCACCUGACCCGCCUCAGGACGGACAGACGGACUUCGUGGUUGUAAAUAAGAAAACGCUGGACAGAGACCUACUACCUUAAUCUCCUGAAACGCAAACUAUUACAGAAUAAACCCCACCGGUUUGCAUGCAAACUGCCUAUCUGCAUUUAAACGAAAGAGAAUCGCCCACCCACAUCAGAACAAACUGAAUAAGCCAGGCAUUAUUAGAAGAUUUACGAGUGCGGCGGUGUCGGCCAGGAACCUUACGUUUUAACCGAGGGGGGAACGAACACAAACAAAUGGUGCGAUUAUUAUUAUUAAUUAUUAUUUUUUUGUUUGUUUUUCUUUCGUCUGCACAUCCCAGGUAAAGAAUAUGUGUUUGACCAGGUCCUUAGACGUGUACUCAGCAUCGUUUCCUGCUAUCAGAAAAACCAUUUGUAUAGUGUGGUUCACUUUUUUAAAUGUGAGGUAAAUAAAAAAGAAAUUAAAGGUUUCUGUAUGCUGUCUAA